AUGGAUGAGAAUACACAGAAUACAACAAGAGAACUCCUACGAUAUAUAUUAUCCCUAACAGAUGUCGAACGACACUCUGUUAGCGUACAUUCAACAUGUCAAUUUAUUCAUUGUACAUUUCCUAUCAAUGAUCUUGGUGAUCAUAAUAUUACAUGUGGUGUUACUCCAGCUGCAACAACAUCGGAUGUACGAAAAGAAAAUCUUUUUUCUUUAAUUGCAAAACAUAUACAUUUAUAUAUUUAUCCAUUAUUUAUAUUAAUGGGUAUACUUGGUAAUAGUUUAUCAUGUUUUAUUAUGUUUCUUAAUGUUCGUCGAAGUGGUUAUCCAACAAGUCUUUAUUUAACAAUAUUAGCAUUUGUUGAUUGUUUAUUUUUAUUAGGUAGUGCAAUACCUGAUUGGUUAGCACAAGUUGAUUAUAAACUUGAUAUAAAACAUUUAUCAGAUUUUUCUUGUCGUUUUGUUUAUUGGUUUGGACAUUUUACUACACAUUUAUCCGCUGGUCUCGUUGUAGGUGUAACUGUUGAACGUUUUAUUGCUGUACAAUAUCCAUUAAUUGCACAUAAAGUUAAUACUGUUACACAUACACGUAUUGUAUUAAUUGUUUUAAUUAUUUUCUUCUUCUUACUUGAUAGUCCUGUAUUAAUUCUUGUUAAACAUUUUAAAGAAUAUGGUUUUAAUGUACAUACAUGUAAUAAUGAUACAGGUUAUACAUAUGAAAAACCUGUUAUAGUUCGAUGUGCUCUAACAAAUCGACGAUAUGAACAAGCAUGGGUUUAUGUUGAUUUAGCAGUUUAUACUUUAAUACCAUUUUUUAUUAUUGUUACGUUGAAUUCAUUAAUUAUUCGUCGUUUAAUUGAUGCACAACGUUUUCGACAACGUAUGUUUUCAUUUAAUAAUAAUAAUACAUCUCGAUAUGAUCAACAAGAUAUUAAACAUCGACAUUAUUCCGAAAGUCAUGAAGCUAUCGAAUUAAUUGAAGCACAUCAACGUCAUUCAAGACGUUUUCAAUCAACUCUUGAAACACAACCAUUAGCAAUAAUGUUACGUCCACAAUUAAGUCAAAUUGAUGAACGACGCAUGCGUUUUAAUACAAAACAAUCUAGUAUAUCAACUGAAUUAUCAACAUUAUCAUUUGAAUUAAAACUUCGUUCUCAUCAUCGUUUUGAAAUAUCUUCAAUACGUCAUAAAUCAAUGCAUACAUCAAAUUCAAAUAAUACACGUUUAACAAUCUUAUUAUUAUUUGUUUCAUGUUCAUUUUUAGCUUUAACAUUACCAGCUGUUGUUCUCAAUUUAAUUAUGUCGAGAAAAUCAAAAACAUUAUCAUCAACAUUUUAUAAUAAUCAUUUAAGUUCAAAAACAACUGACAAUAAUCGAUCUGAUAAAAUCUAUUAUACUAUUGCACGUUUAUUAAUGAUUAUAAAUCACUCAAUUAAUUUUAUUCUGUAUUUCGUACUUGGAAAACGUUUUCGUCGAGAUUUAAAACAAUUAUUUACUGGUUACUGGAGAAAAUUAUAUCGAUCAAGAUAUUCUAAUAAAUAA